GUAUUGACAUAAAGAUAACUAUACCUUUCUGUGAAAAUGUCAGUUCUAAUAUCACAGAGUGUGAUAAAUUAUGUAGAGGAAGAAAACAUUCCUGCCCUGAAAGCUCUUCUGGAAAAAUGUAAAGAUGUUGACGAGAGAAAUGAGUGUGGGCAGACCCCGCUGAUGCUUGCGGCCGAGCAGGGGAACCUGGAGAUCGUGAAGGAGCUGAUUAAGAAUGGAGCCAACUGCAACCUGGAAGACUUGGAUAACUGGACGGCGCUCAUCUCUGCCUCGAAAGAAGGGCACUUGCACGUCGUGGAAGAGCUGCUCAGAUGUGGGGUAGACUUGGAGCACCGGGAUAUGGGCGGGUGGACCGCGCUCAUGUGGGCCUGCUACAAGGGCCGCACCGACGUGGUAGAGCUGCUUCUGUGUCACGGGGCCAACCCAAGUGUCACUGGUCUGCAGUACAGCGUUUACCCGAUCAUCUGGGCGGCCGGGAGAGGCCAUGCAGAUAUUGUGCAUCUCCUGCUGCAAAACGGUGCCAAGGUCAACUGCUCGGAUAAGUAUGGAACCACCCCCUUGGUUUGGGCUGCGCGGAAGGGCCAUUUAGAGUGUGUGAAGCAUCUGCUGGCCAUGGGAGCCGAUGUGGACCAAGAAGGAGCUAAUUCAAUGACUGCACUCAUCGUGGCAGUGAAGGGAGGCUACACACAGUCAGUCAAGGAGAUUCUCAAGAGGAAUCCAAACGUGAACUUAACUGACAAGGAUGGAAACACGGCCCUGAUGAUCGCCUCGAAGGAGGGCCACACAGAGAUUGUACAGGACCUGCUGGACGCGGGGACGUACGUGAACAUCCCCGACCGGAGUGGCGACACUGUGUUGAUUGGCGCCGUCAGAGGUGGUCACGUUGAAAUUGUGCGUGCACUUCUCCAGAAGUACGCCGAUAUCGACAUCAGAGGCCAGGACAAUAAAACUGCUUUGUAUUGGGCUGUGGAAAAGGGAAAUGCGACCAUGGUGAGAGACAUCUUACAGUGCAACCCCGACACCGAGAUCUGCACCAAGGAUGGUGAAACCCCACUGAUAAAGGCCACCAAGAUGAGGAAUAUCGAAGUCGUUGAGCUGCUGCUGGAUAAAGGGGCCAAGGUGUCUGCCGUGGAUAAGAAAGGAGACACUCCUUUGCACAUUGCUAUUCGUGGGAGGAGCCGGAAAUUGGCAGAACUUCUUCUGAGGAAUCCCAAAGAUGGGCGGUUGCUUUACAGACCCAACAAAGCUGGCGAGACUCCUUACAACAUCGACUGCAGCCACCAGAAGAGCAUUUUAACACAGAUAUUUGGAGCCCGACACCUGUCCCCUACGGAAACGGAUGGCGACAUGCUUGGCUAUGACCUGUACAGCAGCGCGCUGGCUGACAUUCUCAGUGAGCCGACCAUGCAGCCUCCCAUCUGUGUGGGGCUGUAUGCGCAGUGGGGCAGUGGGAAGUCCUUCUUGCUCAAGAAGCUAGAAGAUGAGAUGAAGACGUUCGCGGGGCAGCAGAUCGAGCCCCUGUUCCAGUUCUCCUGGCUGAUCGUGUUCCUGACACUGUUGCUCUGUGGCCUGGUCGGCUUGCUAUUCACUUUCACUCUGGACCUGAGCCUGGGCGUGGCGGUGUCCCUGAGCUGCCUGGCUCUCUUGUACAUAUUCCUAGUUGUCAUUUACUUUGGCGGGAGACGGGAAGGAGAGAGUUGGAAUUGGGCCUGGGUCCUCAGUACCAGGCUGGCAAGACACAUUGGCUACCUGGAGCUCCUGUUCAAGCUGAUGUUUGUGAACCCCCCCGAAUUGCCAGAGCAGACCACCAAAGCUUUGCCUGUGAGGUUUUUAUUUACAGAUUACAACAGACUGUCCAGUGUCGGUGGAGAAACUUCACUGGCUGAGAUGAUCGCAACCCUCUCGGAUGCCUGUGAGAGAGAGUUUGGCUUCUUGGCAACCAGGCUUUUUCGUGUUUUCAAGACAGAAGAGAGCCAGGGUAAGAAGAAGUGGAAGAAGACGUGCUGCCUGCCGUCUUUCGUCAUCUUCCUUUUUCUCCUUGGCUGCAUCAUUGCUGGAAUCACUCUUCUGGCCGUCUUCAGAGUGGACCCGAGACACCUGACAGUGAAUGCCGUGCUUGUGUCCAUCGCAUCCGUUGUGGGGCUGGCCCUUGUGCUCAACUGUCGCACCUGGUGGCAAGUGCUGGACUCUCUCCUGAACUCCCAGAGAAAGCGCCUCCACCACGCUGCCUCCACGCUGCACAAACUGAAGAGCGAAGGCUUCAUGAAAGUGCUGAAGUGGGAAGUGGAGCUGAUGGCCCGGAUGGCGAAGACCAUCGACGGCUUCACGCAGAAUCAGACAAGGCUGGUGGUCAUCAUCGAUGGCCUGGACGCCUGCGAGCAGGACAAAGUGCUGCAGAUGCUGGACACAGUGCGAGUUCUAUUCUCCAAAGGCCCGUUCAUCGCCAUCUUUGCGAGUGACCCUCACAUCAUCAUAAAGGCCAUCAACCAGAACCUCAGCAGCGUGCUCCGGGACUCCAACAUCAACGGCCAUGACUAUAUGCGCAACAUUGUCCACCUGCCCGUUUUCCUCAACAGUCGUGGGCUAAGCAACGCGCGCAAAUUUCUGGUGACUUCAGCGACCAACGGGGACAUCGCGUGUUCAGACGCCCCAGGGCUGCAGGAAGACGCCGACAGAAGAGUCUCGCAGAACAGCCUGGGGGAACUGACGAAGCUCGGGAGCCGGACAGCCCUCAACAGACGGGACACCUACCGCAGGAGGCAGAUGCAAAGGACCAUCACCCGGCAAAUGUCCUUCGACCUCACAAAGCUGCUGGUCACCGAGGACUGGUUCAGCGACAUCAGCCCUCAGACCAUGAGAAGGUUGCUCAACAUUGUCUCCGUGACAGGGCGGUUACUGAGAGCCAAUCAGAUUACUUUCAACUGGGACCGGCUGGCGAGCUGGAUCAACCUCACUGAGCAGUGGCCCUACCGCACCUCGUGGCUCAUCCUGUAUCUGGAGGAGACCGAAGGCGUUCCUGACCAGAUGACCUUGAAAGCCAUCUACGAGAGGAUAUCGAAGAAUAUUCCAACAACUAAAGAUGUUGAGCCACUGCUUGAAAUUGAUGGAGACAUAAGGAAUUUUGAAGUGUUUUUGUCUUCAAGGACCCCGGUUCUCGUGGCUCGAGAUGUGAAAACCUUUCUGCCGUGCACCGUGAACCUGGACCCCAAGCUCCGGGAGAUUAUCGCAGACGUCCGCGCUGCCCGGGAGCAGAUCAACAUAGGAGGACUUGCCUACCCGCCCCUGCCCCUGCAUGAAGCUGCUCCUCGGGCGCCAUCGGGGUGCAGCCAGCCCCCCUCCGUGUGCUCCUCCUCCACGUCCUUCAACGGGCCAUUUGCAGGCGGGGUUCUUUCCCCGCAGCCCCACAGCAGCUACUACAGCGGCAUGACGGGCCCCCAGCACCCCUUCUACAACAGGCCAUUCUUUGCCCCCUACCUUUACACGCCAAGGUAUUACCCUGGCGGCUCCCAACAUCUCAUCUCACGUCCAUCUGUAAAAACAAGUUUGCCUGUCAGAGAGCAGAGCAGUGGCCUAACAGUUAUCCAGGAGGAUGCUGCCGAGGGGCUCCCUUCCCCGACAGACUCCUCGAGGGAGAAGACUGGGACAAGCAAGUCACAGACGCUGUGGUUGUGUGGCUCUGGGUCUCACAGGCAGAGACAGGGAUCAGGCCCCGCCACUGGACCAGUGUUGUCCCUGAACUCAAUGAACGUGGAUGCUGUGUGUGAGAAGCUGAAGCAGAUCGAGGGGCUGGACCAGAGCCUGCUGCCCCAGUACUGCACCACAAUCAGAAAGGCAAACAUAAAUGGCCGGGUGUUAGCUCAGUGUAACAUCGAUGAACUGAAGAAAGAGAUGAAUAUGAAUUUUGGAGACUGGCACCUUUUCAAAAGCACGAUCCUAGAAAUGAGGAACGCGGAGAACCAGGCUGUGCCCGAAGACCCGCGCCUCCUCCCUGAGAACGCCAGCGCUGCAGCUGCCCACGGGGAGUCCGCCCGCCGGUCCGCACAUGGGGCCGCGGAGCUUCCGCACACUGAGCUCUCUGGCCAGGCGCCCUACACACUCAACUUCAGCUUUGAGGAGCUCAACACGCUGGGCCUGGACGAGGGGGCCCCAAGGCACAGCAACCUGAGCUGGCAGUCGCAGACCCGCCGGACGCCGAGUCUCUCCAGCCUCACCUCGCAGGACUCCAGCAUGGAGAUCUCCAAGCUCACGGACAAGGUGCAGGCCGAGUACCGGGAUGCCUACCGCGAGUACAUCGCUCAAAUGGCCCAGCUGGAAGGGGGCCCGGGCUCUGCCGCCGCCAGCGGCCGCUCCUCCCCACAUAGCGCCUUCGACGAAGCCCGGAAGCCCUUUCUGGCGAAGCGGGCCGACGUUCUAGACCACUCGUCCUCAGGCGUGUCCACCAGUGACGCAUCGCCCCUGGACCCCAUCACGGAGGAGGACGAGAGGGCCGAGCAGCCGGGCAGCAAGCUGCUCCCGGGCAGGAAGGGUGCCGAGAGGCCCAGCCUCUUCCAGACGGAGCUGAAGCUGAAGGGCGGUGGGCUGCGCUACCAGAAGCUGCCCAGCGACGAGGACGAGUCAGGGCCCGAGGAGUCGGACCACACGCCGCUGCUCCGGGAGAGCAGGGACCGGAGGGCCGAGGCACAGGCCCCGGAGCUCAGCGCCGAGCCUCUGCGGAGCCUCGCCAAGGCCAAGGAGUUCUUGUCGGAUGCGCUGCUGGACAAGAAGGACUCGUCGGACUCAGGCGUGCGCUCCAGCGAGAGCUCGCCCAACCACUCCCUGCAUGGUGAGGUGGCCGGCGGUGCGCGGCUGGAGAGGGCCGACCUCAUCGAGCUGGACGACGGGGGCCGGGGUGGCCUGCCAGACCCCGGGCUCGCCCGCAUGUCCAUCUGCUCAGAGGACAAGCAGAGCCCAUCCGAGUGCAGCCUCCUCGCCAGCAGCCCCGAGGAGGGCUGGCCUGCCUGCCACCGGGCCUACAACCUCAACCGCACGCCCAGCACCGUCACGCUCAAUAACAACUCGGCGCCUGCCAACAGGGCCGGCCAGGUCCUGGAUGACACCGAUGGCACGCGGGAGACCUCGCAGGUCCUGCUGCGGCCCGGCCCAGGCCCCGCCGCGCUGCAGAACGAGAAUCUCAAGAGCCUGCCGCACAGGCGGGGCCAGCGCACCAGCUAUGCCCGGCUGCCCAAGGAGCCCUCGGAGCUGCACUCGGGAGCCCCGGCCGAUAGUGCAGGCUUCGGAGAAGAGAGAGAGAGCAUCCUGUGAGCCACCAGCCUGCCUGCCUUCCUCCCAAACCACAGCCCCGAGAGGCACUCGUCAGCUGCCCCCGUCCAGUUCUCCCUGCUCUUACUGGACCUUUCGUUCUCAUGCAGCGCAGUCAGUGUCUCUGAGCAGAGAUCAGCUCAGAGAUACCGGAUGGGCUUCAUUUGCAAAAGAAAAUCUAGGAUUCCUUUGCAGAAUAUGCAUCCUCAAACAUGGAAGCAAGACGUGGCUUCGCACGUGGAUGGCACUGAAGCCAGUUUCCCUCCCGCGGGCUUUAAGUUAGAGGAGGGCUGUGGGCCCGGAGCCGUGCAGACUCAAGGUGGAUGCCCAGUGAGUUAGGGGCCUGCAUUCAUUCUAAUAGGAAAAUUGCUAAGAGGCGUGAAACUUUAAGUAGAAAACACAGAAUGAUAAGGCUUUAAAAUUGGAUAAGAAAAGCCAGGCGUAAUGGCACACACGGUAACCCCAGCACUCUGGGAAGCUGAAGCAGGAAGAUUGCAAGUUGGUCCACUCAGCGACUUAGCAAGACCCUGUCUUGAAAUAAGAAAGGGUUGGGGAUGCAGCUCAGUGGGAAGGCGCCGGGUUCAGUCCCUCAGACCCCAGAGCUGACGAGGAAGUAAGCCCACAGUGCCAUGAAGUAGAACUAUCGCCCACGGCCUGGUCGCUCAUCCCCGGGCCCAGCCUUGGUGCGCUGAGCAUCAAGAGUUCUCUGGAGAGAGUCGGGGUAGUGUGGGAAGAACAGACACAAAGAGUGUUCAUGGUAUGAAUGUGUGAGGGAAUCAUCCUGUCAGAAAUGGCCAGGAAAUAUUUAAUUAGACGAAAUGGUCAUCAUUUCCUGUACCAUGUCACAGUUUACUACAUCUUUCAUCUCCUAAAUCAGCACUAUAAUUCUGGAGGAAUGCUAUAAAAAAGGAAAGCAUUUCAAAAUAAAACCAAAAAUGUAAGAAGCAAGAGGAAAAUGAAGCUGAAAGUAGAGUGGACUAUAGACCCUGCUGCUUUGCGCUCGCCGGGAGCCCAGCUCGGAGUGCCCACCUCUGUGAGCUGCAGUGAGCUCCCUGAGCUUCCUCACUGACGGGAGGCCUGGGCGGGGUGCAUUUGGGAUCCCAGGCGUGUGUGGCCCGGCCCUGGUUACACGGUCAUCUCAUGUAGCGGGUUCUUCAUACACAGUGGUGCCUCGGUCCACGAAUGCUGCUGUUGGCAAAAUUUUUUUCUGUUUGCAAACUCUGCACUGGGUAAUGAACACAACCAUGGCCGUCUUUCCCUGAGUCAUAGAACAAAUUAUGUUCAAGAAUGGAGGCCCUGCUGUACCGCAGACCUGUCCGCGUGGCCUGUCCUUGUGUGGACUCCUGCCCGUCUGCCCGUUGCCAUGGUGUUUGGGUGUAGUGAGCAUUUCCGUAAAGUUUGUGUUCUGCAUGAUCUUUAACAGAUACCUUAAGCACUGAUCCUGAGGUGGUGACAUUUUAGGUCCUAGCGUUGCUCGGUCUGUGAUUAGCGGCCUCUCUGGCCUCCUGUACCUUCUUGGGUGAGUAGUGCUCCUCCCUGUCGUUGGUGACUAUGUUCUCCUCAUGCUUUGUGACAGUGAUGCCAGUGUUAAGUGCACAACCAGAUUCAGUAGACAAUAAAGAACUGCAUGCUAUUUUGACUCUUGAAGU